AGCCCUCGCUGCGUUUUCUAGCCCGGGGAACCCUGUCUACAAAAAUGACAGCUCGAGCCCUCUGGCUUCUCUGUUUGAUCGUCGGAUGGUCCCCCGAAGCCCCGGUGGCGGAAAGAAAAGCCCCUCCGCCUCACCGAAAGCCCGAUGCCCGGGAGACGCCGGGCCGCGCGCAGCCGCUGCGGUUCGCACGCCGACCGCGCGCCGCCUACGCAGGACCGCGUGCCUGGCCCGACCCCCGGCGCCGGAAGGCCGCGCCGCCCGACAACCGCGCCGGCUUCCGGGAGGCAGUGAGAGCGCCCGCAGGGCUUCCGGGCCCGCGCCUCGCGCAGGCGGAGAACCGCGCGUCGCCGCAGGACUCCCCGCGCGCGCGCGCGCUCAGGCCCGCGACCCCAGGCGCGCGCGCCGCUGGCCCCGCCCACCCGAACCGGCCGCGCGCCGCCGCGCAGCCCUCGGGAACCCCGCAGGCUCUGUCGCCCGAGGACGGGGAGCCGGAGACCCAGUCCUGCGCGCGCGCCUGCAACGCGGACGCGGACGAGCGCGAGGCCUACUGCGCCAGCGAAUUCGCCGUGAACGGAAUCGUGCACGACGUGGACGUGUUGGGCGCGGGCAUGCGCCUGGUGACUCUACUGGUGGACCCCGACGGCCUGUACAAGAUGAGCCGUCUGUACAUCACUCCUGACGGUUUUUUCUUCCGCGUGCAUAUACUAGCCCUGGACUCCUCCAGUUGCCAUAAGCCGUGUCCAGAAUUUAAACCCGGAAGCAGGUAUAUUGUGAUGGGCCACAUCUACCAUAAGAGACGGCAGCUCCCCAGUGCUCUGCUCCAGGUCCUAAGAGGGCGCCUGCGUCCAGGAGACGGGCUCAUCCGGGGUAGCAGCAGCUACGUGAAGAGGUUUAACCGAAAGCGCGAGUGGCAGGUUCGCGGUGCCACCCACACCCGGUGCAUUUGAACAGGCCAACGUGGCAUUCGUGGUCGGUCUUUACAUGGUGGGAAGCUUCUGUGAAACUGGCCCCGAAGCUAGCUACCUUCCUUGUGAACUACUUGUGAAGCUUACUAAAGCUACCACUUUAUUUACAAAAUGCUGACAGGAGUGCACCAGGGCACGGUGGGAAAGCUCCUCAAGCUCAGUAAUGCACACGACUCAGACACUAGACCCCCGCAGGUCAAACAGAUCACACCACUUUUGCUGUCUUUAAGUUAUUUUAAUUUAAUACAUUUUCCCCAGUAGAGACAGUUCACAAAACAUUUCUCGGAUUUAAAUAUACAGCUUUGAAUAGUAUCUAUCAUGUGUCAAGCCAGAUUUUGUAUUUAAAGCAUCGAGUGUUAAAUUCCACACACGGAGAGUAAGCGUCCGAGUCAAGUCGUUUACAUAUGAAAUGUCAUGUAAGUCAAACGCCAGCCAAGUGCGAAAACUAUACAUUUCAAGGGCUAAUUCAAGCAAAGCAUCAUUCAAGGUGUGUUCCUGGUGCACCAAAAUACAAGCCCCGUGUAUUGUCAUGCUUCCUUGCUUCUAAUAACCUGUUCUGUGCCAAACUGGCAUCAAUUCCAACACAUUCUUUUUGGUGUAUCUGAUGUCAUUUUUAUGUUAAGACCCAGUAGUAUCAUGAUUGUUUGUAAAGCAGUAAAUCUCGCCAUGAAAUCAGAAA